UUCGAGUCGGUGGAAUAGAGAAGAACAGACAGGUAGUUAACUUGUUCGGUGUUUCAGCAGAUUUGAAUUGCUUACCAUAGAUGUCGACAAAAGCUUUGCCCCGGGACAUAAAUGACACAUUACAUGCAGGUUCUUUCUUUUAAUUUCGACAAACUUUAUGAAAUAGUGUCUAUAUCUCCACCUCUUAAAGGACAAUUUUUCUUCUGAAUGCUCAGCCAUCCCGACCCUGUGCAUCUGUUUUGCGUGUGUGUUUGCUGCACGCGCUGUUCUGGUUUGCUUGUGAAAUCACCGGCUCUGAAUGGCUUACAACGACACAUGACUCUAACCCUCAGCCAAUCACAAUCAUUUCCAUCGCAUCUCUCGAGGGGCUGCAUUUACGUAGGCUCGUUUCCCGACAAUUCACGUCACCUUCAAAGCGUCUGCCGUCCUCAAGAUGGAAGCAGAAUUAUUGCUGGCUGACAGUGGGAGAUGGGAACGAGGCUAGCAUCAGGUGUAGCAAACAGAGAAACGUUACCAAACUUUGGAAAGCAUUGUCUAAUUGAAUGAGCAGGGACAAACAGCUUGGAGUCAGAAGUACGUGCGCUAUUCUCGAACCUGAACGCAUCCCAAGUCUUGGAUGACAAAUCAACAGAGCAGAGAGUCGACUCGACACGGCUGGUCGUUUCUUCAAUUUAUUCAGAACGUCACAAAAGAUUUUGGCGUCGCGCAAAAGGAGCGGAGCUCCUUGAUGGAUCCGCACGUCAAAGAAGAAAAUCAGGAAGCUGAAAUGACAGAGUUUCCGUUUACGGGUGUCAUCGUCAAGACCGAAGUUGAUGAAGCGCCAGAUGUCAGCGGAGAAGAUCUUCACCUGGCGCAGGAGCCAGAGUCCCCUGAUAUUAAAUAUCAAGACCAAGAAGAGGAUAUCGGCGACUUUCCAUUGACUGUCAUUGUCAAGAGCGAAGAAGGUGACGGAGACCUACACGAAGGAGUCCAAUCGGAAAGCCUCUUACCUCUACUCUCCGACGGCGACGAUGUAACGUCUCACACUCUCGACACCGACGAUGACGGCAAGCGCCUGAAGAGUGUCGCGUCGGGUCCCCGUGCCGACCGACACUUGAAAUGCUCUCAGUGCAACAAAACCUUUUUCAACAAGUCAACAUUAAAAAGGCACCUAAGAACGCACACUGGCGAGAAACCUUUUGCCUGCUCGCUUUGCGAUAAAAGAUUCACUCAGAAGGGACAUUUAAUCGCGCACACGAGAACACACACGGGGGAAAGACCUUUUGCUUGCUCAGUGUGUGGUAAAAGAUUCUCCAGGAAGGGUGACUUGAGCAUCCACACAAGAACACACACGGGUGAGAAACCUUUUGCCUGCUCAGAUUGCGGCGCAAGAUUCAGACAGAAGGGUGAUUUAGUAGCGCACGCAAGAACGCACACUGGGGAGAAACCUUAUGCGUGCUCAGUUUGCGGUGCAAGAUUUACUCAAAAGGGACAUCUAGUAGCACACACGAGAACGCACACAGGCGAGAAAACAUUUGCGUGUUCGUUUUGCGGCGCUAGAUUUAGUCAGAACGGCGAUUUAAGAAUACACGCGAGAACGCACACUGGGGAGAAACCAUUUUGUUGCUCAGUUUGCAGCUUAUGUUUCAGCGUGCGCUCGACUUUGAUCCAACACAUGAGAAUGCACACGGGCGAAAAACCCUUUUCCUGCUCUCUCUGCGAUAAACGUUUUUCAAAGAAGACCAAUUUGACAGCUCACGCGCGAACGCACGCUGGUGAGAAACCUUUCGUCUGCUCACUCUGUGGGAAAGGAUUCACGCAGAAGGUACAUUUAGUGGCACAUGUGAGAACGCACACGGGGGAGAAAACGUUUGCCUGCUCAGUUUGCGAAAAAAGAUUUGCUCAGAAGGAACAUUUGGUGUCGCACGUACGAACGCACACCGGUGAGAAACCGUUCGGUUGCAGCGUGUGUGAAAGAAAAUUCCAUGUCAAGCGACAGGUGAAGAGACACAAGUGUGCCGGUGCGAAGAGCAGCGGUCACGACUCCUUUUUCAAUCUCUCAUGACUUUGUGUAUUGGUUUACUGAACACUUGAAAAAUGGGAAUUCUGAAAAUUGCUUUGCCCAAAGAUUGACGGUACAGUGACUGUUUGAAAUUUCUUAAAAUCUUAUUAUAACCAGCAGUCUUUUCACUGAUACUAUACUUUGGCUCCUGAUACCGAUUCCAACUGUGGUAUCGGCCAAUACUGUAUCCAAACUUUUUUAAAAAAUAUUGAAUAUUUUUUUCUUAUAAUGCACAAUUUCUGCAUACUCGCUUGAAUGUAAAAUAAUUUUAUCAUGGCUUGGUCAGAUACUGCUUAACUCAUUGUUUGCCACUGACACUAAUCGAUGUCCAAUGUAUUCGAAGUGGGAGGGUUGGUAGCGAACGACCGGCGUUUGGAAACUAGAUCUCGAAAAGUACAUAUCACAUAGCAUCGGCAUGUUAUUUCUUUGUACUCCAAUGACAUGAUUUUUGUCCCUGUAUCAGGACAACACUUUUUCUUCAAAUCUCUAAAUCUUGUACCUAUUAUUCCUAGCAGUCCUUUACCUAAACAAUGAGCUGAUAUUACAUAUGUAUGCGUGGUUAGCGAUCAGACAUCAAUCACGAAAUAUCAACAUCAUUCUCAUUUCUGUCUAAGGACCGAAAUCAAUAUGCAUAAUCAAUCAUGUUA